CCUUCCAAUGUCUUCCGCAACCGAGUAGCCAACUGAUGCAUAAUUAGCCGAGAACAAACCAUCUCGGUCGUCCGACAUCAACCCAAGGAUGUCGUAUUUCAUUGUGACGCGAAGAUAGGGAUGUUUGAUCAAGCCAAACACCUUCGCACCGAGUUCUGGGCAAUCAACGCCCAGAAUCAGCAGGUGGCUUAUCAGACCUGGACUGGAUGGCUAAGUCGUGAACAAAUCUGAGACACGUUUCUGCCUGUGACUUCGUCGACGACGUCUAUCACCAGCAGAAGAAGCAAUCCGCAUCAUUUCAAUCGGCCAUUCAUACCGGAUUGGUUCGGCUAAGGCGGAAUCAUCAAUCGAUUGCGGGCAAUUGGCUUGGCAUGUAUGACGGGACAUUUUUUUUUUUUCUCUCAAAUUGUCCUGGUGUGCAAACAUGUGCUCCGUUAGUUAUCGGUUUUUAUUGAAUGUUGCACUGAGGAAUGGAAAAGUUAUUAGCAAUAAAUUGGUUUGCAGGGCUGCUUUGACGGCCUGUUCGCGUGCCAUUGGACACAAGGAAGCAGUUCAGUUGAAAGUGGGCUUUUGCAGUGAACGGAUCGCGGAGUGUUGGUAACCAUGGAGCAGAAAAGUUGUGAAGUCAAAGAGUACAACCCUUUCGAACAUCGGAAGAUCGAGAAACCCAAUUCAACUAUCGGAACGCUAAUUCAUUUGGUAAAAGGAACGCUGGGUACAGGGAUUCUGUCCAUGCCAUUGGCGUUCCGCAAUGGAGGAUUUGCGUUCGGCAUCGUUGGAACCGUCAUUUCUGGGAUAAUUUAUGCCCACUGCGUUUAUCUACUGGUCAGCACAUCUCGGAAGGCCUGCCGCCGAAGUUUUGUCCCCAUGCUAGGAUAUACGGAAACGGUCGAGAAUGUGUUCACUCACGGUCCUCGUGGCAUUAAAAAAUACACCAUUCUAGCCAGGCGUUGCACCGAUGUUCAGCUUCUUUUGAAUAGCUACCUGCUAAUAUGUGUUUACUUGGUUUUUAUAGGAAACACAUUGAGGGAUAUUGUCAAUCACGACUACCAGCUGGAAUGGGACACCCGGGUGUUCAUCUUCCUAGCGGCUGUCCCACUGAUUUUCACCACCCAAAUACGUGAACUGAAAUAUCUUGUUCCAUUCUCAGCUAUCGCGAAUGCACUGAUCAUAACGGCAAUCGGUAUCACUAUGUUUUAUAUUUUGAAGGAACCGAUUACUCUGGAGAACAAGAGUAUGUGGCCUGCUUGGAAUACUCUACCGGCGUUCAUAGGAACCGUUAUGUACGCUCUCUUAGGUAUUGAAUACGUGCUUCCAAAUGAAAACAAGAUGAAACGUCCUGAACACAUGUUGGGCAAUUGUGGAGUCGUGAAUGUAGCCGUUUGCUUCAUAACCGCUCUUUACACGAUAGUGGGAGCCUUAGGCUACGCACAGUUCGGAGAGGACACCAAAGGAUCCGUGACACUCAAUCUUCCAGCUAAUGAAGCGUUAGCCAAAUCAACACAGCUACUAACCAUCACGGCGAUCAUCCUGUCCACCGGAUUGAUCAACUACGUCCCGACCGACAUUCUGUGGCGCAAAGUGCAGCACAAGAUCCAUCCCAAGCGACACAACUUUGCCCAAAUUGCGUUCCGAUUCGGGAUGUUGGUGCUGCUGACGGCCAUUGCCGUGGGUGUUCCAGAACUGGAACCGUUCGUGGGACUGACCGGAUCCAUCAGCGGUGGUUCAUUGGUUGUGAUCAUUCCGGCUGUCAUCGAUACCGUGUUUCGGUGGCCGGCGGGCGAUUUCGGAAGGAUGAACUGGAUCCUGGUGAAGAAUGUGUUGGUUUUGGUGUUUGGGUUACUGGUGUUGGGUAUUGGGACUUAUUUUAGUGUUGUAGAUAUAAUUGCUAUUUAUGAGAAAGAAUAAAUAAAUGUAAACUGGAUUGUAA